AUGGGCUCCGUCGUUAUUCCGCAUCUCAACACCGGCUGGCAUGUCGACCAGGCCAUCCUGUCCGAGGAAGAGCGCCUGGUCGUGAUCCGCUUCGGCCGCGACCACGACCCAGAGUGUAUGCGCCAGGACGAAGUCCUCUACAAGAUUGCCGACCGCGUAAAGAACUUUGCAGCCAUCUAUGUUUGCGAUCUCGACCAGGUCCCAGACUUCAACCAGAUGUAUGAGCUCUACGAUCGCUGCACAAUCAUGUUCUUCUUCCGCAACAAGCACAUGAUGAUCGAUCUGGGCACAGGCAACAACAACAAGAUCAACUGGGUCCUCGAGGACAAGCAAGAGCUCAUAGACAUCCUCGAAACCGUCUACCGCGGUGCUAAGAAGGGGCGCGGUCUGGUUGUCAGCCCAAAGGAUUACUCGACGAGAUACAGAUACUAA